AAAUUUCAUUCACUAGCAUUGUUUAAAAAAGGAUCAACCAAAUCGAAUUGAAAAACUCUAAUCUGGAGCGGUCUAAAUUUUAAGUUUUUUUUUUUUAAAUGGCUCACAACCGCAACUUAGACCCCAUAGACAAAUUGGGGACCACGAAUCUGCCGCAACUGAAGUCCAGCAUUAUUCCUUACCGAGCCAAGCCAAAGUUGAUCCGUAGCCAUUCCCCCAAGUUGGAGAACGACAAGCGCAAUGGUCUGGACCUGCAGCUGCCCGAGGAAGCAGAGCCAAUUAAAGCAAAACGAGUGCGAUGGGCUCCAAUGUACGGUGAUAGAAACGAGAUUAAGUCCUCCACUUACAUAAGUCCACUGAGCUCCAAACAGAUCCGAUUUGCUGAGGAGACGCCAGAUGAGGUGAGACUGGCGAACGAAAUCCGAUUGGCGGUGCAUCGCGGAGGGGGUUCCAUCGAUCCCGAGAAGAACUACGAGCUGAGGGCUCGUCUGUCACCCCUGCAGUUGCCCUAUAGUCGAGUGCAGCGGAUCCUGAGGGAGUGCGAGUUGAACGAGAGGAAUCAGAGCUCCUACAGCCUCCCCAUGGACUAUGGUCGUCAGCUGGUAGCCAUGGUCUGCAAGGUCAGAACGGAAAACCUCAUAGACCUGAAGCUCCGCCUGGCCUCCUUACUGCGACAUAGCAAAGCACGCUUCUUCAAUCGACACCUGUUCAACGAAACUGGUCUGAUUGAAGCCACUUUGCCAAGCAAAACUUCCCUAAACUUCGAGGACUUCAAUCAAACAUUGCGAACGGACGCUUUGUGGUGCAAGGCCACCGAUAGCUCCAUUACCGAUCUCUCUAAGGGCGCCGUUUUGUUCAAGUGUCGACCACAAGACCUGCGGGAGGUUACUGACAAACUGCGGCAGUGCGGCUACAAGAUUACCCACACGGAAGUGGGCCACUGUCCAAACAAGUCGCUGGUGGAUUUAACGGAGCGACAAAUGGCCCGGUAUCAGGAGUUCUGUAAACUUCUUCAGGAGGACGAAGAUGUCGUCAAGAUCUAUGACAAUGUUCGAGUCCAGUAGUUUGGUGACAAUUUUAUGGUAAUCCAAAUCACUUAAAGUGAAAGCGAAAUCGUUAGAGUUGAUAAUUAAAGUACCUGAUCCAGCGAA